GCGGCCGGCGCGCCCCGCCCUGGCUCCCCCGGGAGGCCGGCCGCGGGGCGGGGGCAGGGGCGGGGAGGCGCGGGGGAGUGGUCAGGCCGGUUAAGAUCGGAGGGGGCGGCGGCGGGACCGCUCACUCGCGGCAGCUGUCUAGGGGCCGUAGUCACCGCGCCGCUCCUGCUGGGGGCUGCCCACGCCAACCACCUGCCUCUGUCGCCGCCUCUUCCAGCGCCCAGCUCCCCCUGGCUAGAACAUCCCCCAAGAUGGCAGAGGAGGGCAGCAGUACCAGGGACUGUGAGUCCCUCAGCGUGCUCAACUGGGACCAGGUUAGCCGGCUGCAUGAGGUUCUGACCGAGGUCGUACCCGUCCACGGACGAGGCAACUUUCCAACCUUGGAGAUAACCCUUAAGGACAUCGUCCAGACUGUCCGCAGCCGGCUGGAGGAGGCAGGCAUCAAAGUUCAGGACGUCCGAUUGAACGGCUCUGCAGCUGGCCAUGUUUUGGUCAAAGACAAUGGCUUGGGUUGCAAAGAUCUGGAUCUCAUCUUUCACGUGGCUCUUCCCACGGAGACAGAAUUUCAGCUGGUGAGAGAUGUAGUUCUGUGUUCCCUUCUGAACUUUCUGCCAGAGGGUGUGAAUAAGCUCAAAAUCAGCCCUGUCACCCUGAAGGAGGCAUAUGUGCAGAAGCUGGUGAAGGUUUGCACAGAUGCAGACCGCUGGAGCCUGAUUUCCCUCUCCAACAAGAACGGGAGGAACGUGGAGCUCAAGUUUGUUGACUCCAUCCGGCGUCAGUUUGAGUUCAGUGUGGACUCCUUCCAGAUCAUUCUAGACUCUUUGCUGUUUUUCUAUGACUGCUCCAGUAAUCCCAUCUCUGAGCACUUCCACCCCACAGUGAUCGGGGAGAGUGUGUACGGGGAUUUCGAGGAAGCCUUUGACCAUCUUCAGAACAGGCUGAUCGCCACCAAGAACCCUGAAGAAAUCCGAGGCGGGGGUCUUCUUAAGUACAGCAACCUUCUCGUGCGGGACUUCAGGCCCGCGGACCAGGAGGAAAUCAAGACUCUAGAGCGUUACAUGUGCUCCAGGUUUUUCAUCGACUUCCCAGACAUCCUGGAACAGCAGAGGAAGCUGGAGACCUACCUUCAAAACCACUUCGCUGAAGAAGAGAGAAGCAAGUAUGACUACCUCAUGAUUCUUCGCAGGGUAGUGAACGAAAGCACCGUGUGCCUUAUGGGGCACGAACGCAGGCAGACCCUGAACCUCAUCUCUCUCCUGGCCUUGCGAGUGCUGGCAGAGCAAAACAUCAUCCCCAGUGCCACCAAUGUCACCUGCUACUACCAGCCAGCUCCUUAUGUCAGCGAUGGCAACUUCAACAACUAUUACAUCGCCCAUCCUCCAGUUACCUACAGCCAGCCUUAUCCUACAUGGCUGCCCUGUAACUAACCUUGAGACCUGAGGGUUUCCACAGUGGGAACCCAUUUAGGGCAGGGGCUUUCGGGUAGGAGAGCCUCGUCCUAGAUGUAGGUGUUUGGCUUUUAAAGGGGAACUCAGCUCUGACUCUGCUUUUCUUUGUGAACCCAUUGGAAUAGGUCCACAAGACUAUCAGGAGCCAACCCUAAAAGGACCCAUAUUACAAUGCCACUCUGGAAGAUGCAAUAGGAAAUGUGACCUCUCUACAUCUUUCUAAGAUAGUCACUAACUUGUCACUUCCCAGACAUUAGCACAUGGGAUUUGAACUCUACAGUCUCUGAGAUUGGGAGAGUUGGGCAGCAUAUGAGAAGCGUUAAAGGCACUCUUCUCAACUAAGCAGCCUACAGUCCUCUGCAGGCUCUCUUUCAGGAUGCUCAGCAGUUACGUGAGAGCCGUGCUGGUAGUCUAUUGUGUCAGUUUUAGUCAGCCCCCAAACUGGUAAACACGAGGGUGCUCUUUGUGACUGAAUUUUCACUCACGGGACUGAGUUGUGUGUGUCUAGUCCCUGUAGCAGAGCUGAGAAUUUCAUUCAUCAAUAAACCAAAGCCAAUAGCUGGAGACUUGA